GAAAUACAGGAACAAUGUUUAUGUUCUGUGCAGGGACGGAUCCGGCCCGUGGUAUUCUUUUCUUCGCUAGAAAGGACGGAACCCAAGUGAAAAUGGGGGUGAAGAGUGGAGUGAAGGUGGCCCCCUUUACCCCAAUAGGAAAAGGGAGGGGUCCAAAAUUUUCGGUACCCAGCCGCGACGACCAUUACCAUGACGACCGAGCUCUUCCCAUGUCUCCACGUCCGCGGUUUUGCGUGGGUGGGCGAUGAUCUUCUGGACUUCUUUGCAAGCGUCUUCAUUGCAAGUAUUUUCCUUGCCUCCCAGGGUUUCCUUGAAAGCAACUAGCAAAGGAAAAUCUUCAUCUGGAAGCUACACGUGGUUAAUUAGACCCUUCAGUUGCUGUUAAUGGUUCCAACGUAUGCUGGGCACUGAGUAGUCGAACGGCAAGCCAUGAAUUCUACGAAUGCGACGAACACAACUAUUUAUGACGGUGAGUGGGAAGUAUUCAACCGAGUAGAAGCGUUUAUUAUUGUUGCCUUAUCUGUCCUUGCUGUGGUAACAGUUGUCAGUAACGGCGUAUUUCUGUGGACUUUCUACAAAGACCCUCUGAAGUGUCUGCGAACACCUUCUGCUAUUGUGAUCGCUGGUUUAACAAGCGCUAAUUUUCUGACUGGCCUGAUCGUCGAGCCUGUGUUUGUGGCGUUCUAUUUGUGGCAGUACACCGCCGAUGAGGAGGAAUGGGGAGUCUUUUUUCGCUUCGCCCAAGCCUUUUCUUUCGUAACAAUGAACACCUCAUUCCUUCUGAUGUUAGCUCUGGCAAUAAUUCAGUAUUUGCUGAUUAAGUACCCCAGGGUUUACCAAAAAAUUGUCAGCCGCACGAGUGCAGUUUGUGGAGUGAUAGCAAUCUGGAUUUAUGCUAUCUUUUUUGCUUUGUUGCCGGAGAUGUUUCAUGUCGACGGGUUGUCCUACUUCUUGGCCGACAUGAUACUUCAUGUAACAAUGCUGACGAUUGUUCUCGUGAUUCUGUACUUAGCUAUAUACUUUGAGUUUCGUAAGUUAGCUCAACGACAUCGAAAUGCAGAUUUAGGACAAAACACGGAAGGGGAAGGGUCUGUCGUGGAGCCUUCAGAGUCUGAGCAGCAACGCCGUCAGGCCGAAAAGGAUUUUGUCUAUGGAACAUUUAUUUUGACACUUAUUUUGAUCAUAACUGUGUGGCCAUUCUGUAUAUCUCUGUACGUAACGAUUUGCUGCUUCUCAAUUGAAGCGUAUAUUGCAGUGGUGGUCACGCAGCUUUUCUUGCUGUGGAAGUUUGCAAUGGAUCCGUUCGUGUUUGCAUGGCGUCUACGGAAGUUCAGAAAGUCACUGGUGCUUGCCAUUCAGGGAAGCUGUCUCUGUCCCAAGACAUCAACACUGGGAGCUAUGUAUGUCAGAGAAGAGGCAGCAGCCAGUCCUAGACUAGAGGUUGAUGAUGAGGAUGUGGAUGUGACUUUUGUAGAUAACACAGAUGCAGCAGAGCAGCAGUAAAACUGUAGGUGUAGUGGAAUCCUGAUUUCUUCCCAGACGGAAGGGGGGAGGGGCUCCCAUAUAGAAGGGAAGGGGAUGUUUGUCGGAAAUUUUGAAAAGAACCCCUAAGAGGCACCACAAUCCUGUUUUAUGGGCAUGGCUUGAAAUUUUUACC